UUAAAGCUUGGCACAAGUUGCUGUGGUGUGCACUGCUCCGCAGCAGGAGCCUGGAAAUCUCCAGCUGAACUUGCUCCUAUUGAAGAGAGCAGGAAUCGUACACACAGGCAGGCACCCGAAGACUCUGCGUAGGGGUGAAGUGCUUUUAGUUUUAACCUCCGGGUUGCAGUCUGUAAUUUCUGAAACAAAGCUCAAAAUACUACAAGUGAGAAUCCUCCUGAGGAGUAAUGAAGUCUGAAGACGACUUGGAAGAUGAAGAGAAUUUAGUACGAUGCUUGAGUGGGGUUAUAAACUGGGGCCAUGCGAUUCUUCUGAAGUUAUAGAACAGUGUUCAGAGCCUGCAGUGAUAGCGCCGUUGUUCUUUCCAGCCCUGAUCUGCACUGUGCCAGUUGUGGAGUUCAUUUACAGCAAACUGCAUUUGAAAUUACAAAUCUGGCUGAAUCCUGGAAGCAUUCUUGACCAGUAUGAAGCACUGGUUUUCCUGUGCCUCUGUGCCCUCUUCAUCAGAUUGGAGCAAAUAUGAUGACCGUUUGCUGAAGGCAGUGGAAAAGGGAGAUGUGGAUAAAGUAACAUCAGUGCUGGCCAAGAGAGGGGUCAUGCCGACCAAGCUGGAUGUGGAGGGCAGAUCAGCUUUCCAUCUUGCAGCUGCGAAAGGUGAUGUCCCCUGCGUCAAUGCAAUGCUCUCACAUGGUGUUGACGUGACGGCAAUUGAUGCUGCAGGACAAAGUGUGUUACAUCUCGCUGCUAGAAAUGGGCAGUCUCUGUGUUUGCAGCGGCUGCUUCAGCAAGAUUGUCCUGUAGACACUAUAGACCAUCAAGGCAGAUCUGCCCUUCAUGAUGCAGCGGUUGCUGGUUGUGCAUCAUGUGUGAAACUACUUUUGGACCAUGGAGCCAUUGUGAAUGUCAAGGAUAAAGAUGGAGGAACCCCCCUUCUGUUGGCCGCCCACUCAUGCCAUCCAGUGGCCUGUCGACUUUUACUGGAUCGGGGAGCAGACAUCAACUCCAGAGAUAAAGAAAACAGGACUGCGUUGAUGCUGGGAUGCAGGUCUGGUUGCAAGGAUGCAGUAGAUGUUCUGUUAAAACACAGAGCUGAUGUUACCUUGGUGGAUCAGCAUGAUCACCAGUGCUUGCAUUAUGCACAGCUCUCCAAAAACCCAGACCUGUUGACUUUGAUCAGAACUGCAGUGGAGAAGGCGGUUAAAGUGAGAGACUCCAGUGUGAAAUCACACCAAGUUUCUCAGGCUGCUGAAAUGCCACAGACGCUAGAUCAAAGACAUCUUCCAGUCGAAACCAAUUUGGCACUGAGUCCGAAGGAGCAGCGCACUAUAAAGGAACUUCAGAUUGAAAAUGAGGAUCUCAAAGGAAAGUUGAAAAAGCUCAGUCAUGAACAGAAGGCCUUCCUGGAGAGAGUGAAUGGACUUCAAAAACAACUGAGCCAGGAGUGCAAGUCAGUGGGAGACCUUCAAAAUGAGAAACAGCAACUGAAAACCCUGUUGAUGGCAAGAGAACGAGAGCAACACAACAAUUCGAAGAUGCUGGAGAACCUGAAAGCAAAACUUAAAACAUACGAGGCUGGGCAUCUAUAUGAACAGAUGACAGCUGGAAUCCAGUCAGUAAAGGUGAAAGAAGAACUAGCUCUUAAGGAGCUUAACCUUUCGGGCAUGGAAUCACAACAUUCUUCCAAAUCGGCUGUUGGGUCAAGUGAUAUGUUGCUGAUUGAUCACGGCAUGCCUGGUACAUAUGAAAACGUGAAGGAUCUGGAGAUGAUGAGGAGGUGGUUUGAGACGGCAAAGAAGGAGAAGGGCAGUCUCCAGCAGGAGCUAGUGAGCAGGAAUAAGCAGUGUGAUGUCCUGAGAGAUGAGUGCAAUCGUGUGAAGCAGGAAUCGGAUGAGCAGAUUAGACAGCUGGAGGAUGCGUUGAAUGAUGUGCAGAAGCGAAUGUUUGAGUCGGAAGGUAAAGUGAAGAUCCUACAAGCGCAUGUUAAUGCCCUGAAGGAUCACCUUUCAAAGCAGGGCUCAGCGGGAAGCAACAGGAUGGCGGAAGAACUUAAAAAUCAGCUGAGAGAAGUGAAAUCGAAAUACGAGGAAGCUGUGGGUAAUGUGGAGAGGUUGGAGCACCAAAUUAAACUGGGUGCUUUAUCGAUCGAGGAACCGGUUGCGGCACUGGAUGUGGAGCAGCACAUGAAGGAGGUGAAAGAGCUGCAGAAGGCUUUGAGCGCGGCGGAGACAAGGAAGCAGGAGGCAGAGAAAAGGGUCAGUGCAGUUGAAGGUGAACUGAAGAGCGUGAAGGCAAAGCUGUCGCAGUGCGUGCAGGCAGAGGAGUUCGAGAACAUGAGGAACUCGUUCCUCAGUACGUUGGAAGAGAAGGAGAAGCAGGUGGCGUCGGCGGGGAAUAAGUACGAGAGAGCGCAGGUGGAAGUUGUUCAAUUGCAGAAGGACUUGGAGCGAGAGCGAGCCCAGAUAACGGCAUGUGUGAAGAUUGAGCAGUAUCAGUUGCUGAAGGGAAAGUUGGAGAACCAGAGUGGUAUCCUUACUGAUGUUAUGCAGAAGCAUCAGAAGGUGCAGAAGGAAAAUGAAGCUAUUAAACUGGAGAACGGUACUAUCAAAGCUGAGCUGGAAGACUUCAAACACAAACUUAAAACACAUUACGUACCUUUGAAGAUGCAUGACGAAAUGAAAUCUUCAUUGAACCAGGCAGUUCGAGAUCUGAACAAGCAAAUUUCUGAGGUUUCACAAAGGCACAAGGACGCUUUGAGAGAAGCAGAAGGGUUAAGACUUGAGAAGAACACAAUAAGUGAAAACCUAAAUCAUGUGAAGUCUCUAUACGUUCCUCCAGAGAAACACAAAGAGGAGAUAAUAGCGCUGAAUUCCAUCUUGGGCAGCUCGAAGAAGGAACUGGAUGAACUCAACAAGAAGUAUGGCCAGGCACAACAAGAGACUGAGGAUGUACUCAAAGAAAUCGUUGCCGUGAAAGAAUCAUUGAAGAAUCAAUAUGUGCCCUUGGAAAAGCACGAAGAACUAAGAACCCACCUGAGCACGACUUCAGAGAAAGCUGCGAUCGAGCUGUCGACUGUGAUGCAGAAAUGCAAUGCAGUACAAGACGAAUUGGCAAAGUGUGAGCAGGAAAAUAAGGAUCUGAAAGACCAGCUGGCUGAACUGAGCAAUGAAGUGCAGAGAGACUACGUAAGUCUUCAGCAGCAUGAAGAAAUGAAGGCUGCCUGGAACAGAAAAGAGGAGGGACUUCAAAAGCAGGUUGAACACACUCAAUUGAAUUACAAGGAGAUUCAGGAGCAGGUUGUGGCAUUGAACAAGGAAAAGGAAAGCCAGGUGAACAGAUUUCGAACACUGCAAGAAUCCAUCAAGUCACAGUUUAUUCCCAUUGAAAAUUACAAGGAAAACCAGAAUGCAGUUAAUGCCAUGGUGAAUAACCUGAAGAAUCAAUUGUCAGAGAAAACUCAGCAAUGUUCUGUGUUUCAAGGGAAAACCGAUCGAUACAAGGGAGAGACAGAAGAGCUGAUGAAAAAGGUUACACAGUUGGAGGGAAAUCUGGAAUACCAUUACAUUUCCAAAGCCAUGUAUGAAGAAAUGGAAAGCAAGUUCGUCAGUGGUAUGGAAGAAAAGGAUGAGCAAGUGGAAGAAGUGAAGAAGAGGAUCGUGGAUUCUGAAUUACAGAAUGAAAGGUCACAGGCAGAGAAUGCCAGGCUGCAGUUGGCUGCCCAAGUGUUGGAAGAGAAAAUAAGGUUAGAAUACAUUCCCGUUGAGGAGCUUGAAAGCAUGAAAACAUUGCUGAGCAGCAGAGUUGCUGAGCUGCAGCAGGAAAAAGAACAAGCGAAGGACUCUUUGGAGCAGGAGGAAGAGAAAGUAGCCACUCUCCUCCUCCAGUUGGAUGAUCAGAGGAAAGAUUAUCUACUACUUCAGCAGCACAAUGAGUUGAAAGAGAAGAUGGAAGAAGAUAUUGUAGGGCUGAAGAACCAGAUGAAUGAGAGGGAGGAAGAAAUGAAAGGGAAAGUUUUAGAGAUUUCCAAGCUACACGUGGAUACGGAAGCAAUGUCGAGAACAAUAACAGAACUGGAGGCAAGGCAAGUAUUGGACUUGUCAGAGCACAAAAGGGUGAAGACCUCUUUAGAAGCACAGAUACACUCAUUAAAUGAAAACCUGGCCAAGUUGAAGGAGAAGCACGAGCAAAUGUCUACUGAAGUGUUGCGUGCCAAAGAGAAAGAACUAUCAGCUAAAGAUGAAAAGGAGACCUUUCAAUCGAAAACAUUCAGCUUUGAACAGGAAAUUAAAGAGCUGAAAAAUAAAUAUGAUGAAUCCAUGACAACAAUCUGUGAUUUGCAGAAAAGUAUUCAGGAAUCUGCCAAGCAAAUUGAGGCCAAGGAUAACAAGAUUACAGAGCUGUUAACUGACGUGGAGAGGCUGAAGCAAGCACUGAAUGGCCUGUCACAGCUUUCCUACUCUGCCAAUAACCCCAAGAGACCGAGCCAGCAAAUGGAGGCACUCCAGAACCAGAUCAAAAACCUGGAGCAACAGCUGGCUGAUGCUGACAGGCAACACCGUGAGGUCAUUGCAAUUUAUCGGACACACCUCCUGAAUGCUGCACAGGGUCACAUGGAUGAAGAUGUGCAAGCUGCUUUGUUGCAGAUCAUUCGGAUGCGGCAAGAGUUUGUCUGCUAGCAGAAUCCUGGUACCCAAGUAUUUACCGUUGCUGUGUUAAAGGCUGUAACAAGACUACUUGAAGCUGCUGUAGCAUUUACCUGGUGGCCUAAACUCUUCAUCCUUAUAAAAAAAAAAGAUCCAUUAUAUUGGAAGAGAAAGUAAAGCCAUUUCCAGUUUGCACCCUCUCAUGUUGGUUAUUUCAGAUUUAUGUACGAAAGUACAAAGCAGUUCAGCUUAUUGGAACAAGAAAAAGUAAAUGCUGCAAUCUGAUACAUUUUCAUUUGUUGCCAUUGCCAUUUGAUUAAUUUUUGUUUUAACUUAAGCCCUGCCUGACCUCGUGGGAAAUUUGUUGCCACAAAGAUAUGCUUAACUUGCGUUUUGGCUCCAGGAUUUAAAUAUCUUAGAUUUGCUACACUGUGACAUUUACAGAACUGGAAGUGUGAAACGUUGCUAUAAAACUCAACAUCCUAUGGACAGAUUUCUUUUAGAUGCAAUCCUUCUCAUGGGACUCCUGGGAUUUGUUGGGCUUUGAAUCCACGGGAAGAUUUCCAGACGAAACAAACUUGAAGCAUAUUUUUAGUCUCCUUUGAUGUACAACAUGAGCCGCAAACACAUCAUAAAAAGAUGCAUUUUGCUUUUUAUGAACCAUCGGCUGUGAUGGCAUUCCUGUGACUACCAACCUUUGGCAUUUCAACACACACUUCCCACUUUUUUUUUAAUAUAUAUUAGCUGUCAGGAAAUUUUUAGUUUGCUCCUCAAAGAAUUAAUUUAUUUCCUUGAGGGAAGGGUAGAUCAGAACUCAAGUGUGUCAGAGGUUAAAAAGAGAAAAGCGAGCAUAAUGUUUGAGGUAUCCAGACAUGGCCAGACCUUCUGCAGAGAGAUGGCGUACUGAAUAGUUAACAUCUCACCAGAAUGAAAGGGUUACUAUCUGCAGUACUUGUAGUUUUUUUUUAGGUAAUUUUUAAUCAACCUCUGAUUCCUGUCCGCCUUGUAAUACUGUUGUCUUCCACUCCCCAGCCUGUGUGAUCAGAGAUUGGGUAGCAUGGCAACUCUGGUGUGUGCCCCCUGGCAAAUGGUCAAGAAAGGAGGGACCAUAGACAUAGCUCUUGUUGCAUUCACACCUAGCGUGUGCAUGACCAUUACGUUAAGGCCAUUGCUAUCAUUGAAAUUAAGUGAAAUGGAGCCUCUUCACAUUUUGUACCCAGAAGUUAAUUUACUGAAGAAUUAUGAUACUAUUUCGCCACUGAAUUGUAGGGGCCCAAUCUUUAAAGCAGAGCAGGAUGAGAUGGCUACAAACCAUUUGGAUGGCAAAAAUCUUUCUUUUUAAAUCCCUGAUGCACCCUUUAGUAUAUUCAUGCAAGGUGCUGUACUAUGCAAUUACCUGUAUAUUCGUAGAGGGCUAACCCAGUUAAAAGUGAAGGGGUGAUGUCAAUAUUAUUUUAAAGUGAAUGUGUUAUAUAAACCUCUACAGCAAAGUCCAUGUGAUCUAGUUUCAGUGCCUAUCUGUAAUUCCAGAUUGAAGCCAACAGCAGCAUAAUGUUUCCUUUAUAAAGUUACUUGGCUGGCCAAGUCUGAUUUAUAAUUUAACUGUUAAUCAAAGUGUUAUCUUUUUGCAGCAAGCUGAUGUAGUUUGUAGAUUUGCAUUAGGUUUCUGCUGUACUCUGUUACCUCUUAAUUGAGUUAGAAGAACUGUCCAUUCUAAUAGAUUCUUUAUAGAACCGAGGUACUGAUGUAUUUCUCAGCUGGACUGGUUGUGGUAUUUUUGUUACUGAAUAAUAUUGGAUACCUAGACAUCUGUUUAAUUUUGACAGUAUUCAUCACGUUAUUCCUCAACCGCAUCAAAUGGUUGCCUAUUUGUAAUGUGACUGGAACAAAUGUUAUGUGAAUGAAUAUUAUAUAUCUAGUUAUAGAUCUUUCUGUU